AUGAGUGAAACAAAGAAAAUCCAGGAGAAGAUUGAUGCCAUCGAGCUUGAGUUAUCUAGAACACAGAUCAACAAAGCUACAAUGCACCACAUCUGUCUUCUCAAAGCUCGUCUCGCUCGCAUGAAAAGGGAUAUUCUUGAAGCUGCCACAAGAAAAGCUGGUGGCCCAGGUCAAGGAUGGGAAGUUAAGAGAUCCGGUGAUGCCCGUAUCGGUCUUUUUGGUUUCCCAUCUGUUGGUAAAUCAACUCUUCUUAAUGCACUCACAGGUCAAUCAUCUAAAGUUGCUGCAUACGAAUUCACAACACUUACACCAGUUCCUGGCAUUCUCAACAUUAACGGAGCUAAAAUUCAGAUUCUCGAUCUUCCAGGUAUUCUUGAAGGCGCUGCUGACGGCUAUGGUCGUGGUAAACAAGUCAUUUCUAUUGCAAGAACAUGCUCCCUUAUUCUCAUGGUUCUUGAUGGUAUGAAAUCACUUGAUCUUGUUAAAAUUCUUGAGAAAGAACUUGCUGGCUACGGUAUUAAAUUAAACAAGCAGCCACCAAAGAUCCGUGUUGAUAUUCGUGAUAGAAACGGAUACGCAAUUACUUCUAGUGUUGAACAACCAUAUAUCACUACAGAACUUGUCGAAGAAAUCAUGAAAACACAAUACAGAAUCCAGCACGCUGUCGUUCACUUCGACCAGGUAGCUACAAUUGAUGAUUUAAUCGAUGUUCUCGAAGGAAAUCGUGUUUAUAUUAAAUGCAUCUACGUUAUUAACAAAUGCGAUCAGCUUUGGCCAGAAUACACUGCUGCUCUUGCUUUGCGUGACCACACAAUGUGCGUUUCCGCUUUCUCAGGUUAUAACUUGAAAGAGCUAGUCGAAGCAAUUUGGAAAGACCUUAACUUAAUCAGAGUAUUUACACAGCCAAAGGGAUGCGAACCAGAUCCAGAUCCACUCGUCCUUUCAUCAGAUAGAAAUACAAUCGAAGAUUUCUGCAAUAAGAUCCAUACAUCAAUUGUAGAGAGAUUCAAACUCGCUUGGGUGUCUGGUAAGUCUGUUAAGCACAGUCCUGGUCAGGUUGGACUUAGGCACGAGCUGAUGGACGGAGAUACCGUCACUCUUGUAUUAUCUGGUUAA